GCAAGAGAGAACUCAAUAUAACAAGAGAGAUUGGGUAGCUAGCCUCUCUCUACAUAGCAAAGAAUCAGCAAUGGCAGGUGAGAAAGUGAAAUUGCUUGGAUAUUGGGCAAGUCCUUUUACUCUGAGGGUUCAUUGGGCACUGAAACUGAAAGGAAUUGAAUAUGACUACCAAGAAGAAGAUCUCCCAAACAAAAGUCCUUUGAUCUUGCAGUGCAAUCCAGUUCAUAAAAAGAUUCCAGUUUUGGUUCAUGAUGGGAAACCUAUUGCAGAAUCACUAGUCAUACUUGAAUACAUUGAAGAGACAUGGAAGCACAAUCCCAUCCUCCCUGAGGAUCCUUAUGAAAGAGCCAAGGCACGCUUUUGGGUAAAAUUUGUUGAUGACAAGUGUGUGCCAGGAAUAUUUGGUACUUUCUCCAAGGUCGGAGAGGAGCAGCGGAAGAUAGCAAAAGAAGCUCGCGAGAACUUGAAAAUUUUAGAGGGAGAACUAGGCAAGAAACGCUUUUUUGGAGAUACGAAAAUAGGCUUCAUGGAUGUCGCGGCUGCUUGGAUCAUCUGCUGGGCUCAGAUUGUUGGGGAGAUUGUGGAUAUUAAACUUGUUGAUGCUGAGGAAAUGCCUUCACUUGUUUCAUGGUUUCAGAACGUCCUCGAAGCUGCACCCGUUCUGAAAGAGUGUACACCACCCAAAGACAAAUUGUUAGAGCAUAACAAAGGAUUUCACAAGAUGUUGGUUGCUUCAGCAUCAACCUGAGAUCUAAAAUCUGUUCCCAUUGAGGAAGAUUUUACUAAAUAUGAUCAUAUGAUAUGUAAUCUUUUCGAUGAGUUUGAAUGACAUGUAAGAUUUUGCCUAUCUAAUACAGUUAUGGGGAAAUAAGGGUA